AAGACCAACAACUAUUGCGACCCUGCUAUCGACCGACUACCUACAAUUUUAAAUACCUUUCUACCGUAACUCGUUAUGUAGUUUGAUCACAGAACGCGCCAUCGUUGGUCGUACCCGUCCGUUGUUGCUUAGUCGUCUCUCUAUUAUUGUCAGUACUACUCACUGUAGACCGAGCAGAAAAACGGGUUUUUGUUUAUGUUGUUGUGUUAUAUUGUUACAUAUCGCCUUUUUUUCGCAGCUUGAUACCUUUGUCUUUAUAUCGUUGGUCCGGUGUUGAACAUUUUUAGUUCUUCCACGUUUGGCCGUUGUUACUGGAGCGAGACCUUCAUUGUGAUGCACCUUCAUGUUCUGUUGACUCAAAUGAAUUGACUGUAGAGAAAACAUAUUUAGAGAAUGAAGACUGAAUGCUUUACAACCAUCUGCAGAAAAAGGAAGCUCGAUAUAAUUUGUAGCGGAACUGUAAUGAAAUAUACAUAGGAAACCAUGAUGGGAACGAAUAUUCUGACGCAUGACACUGUGGAUAGGGGCCUGCCCUCGCAGGAAAAUAAACUAUUUAAGAAAAUCCCUUUUCCCGGAUUCGGCAACGACAUGCCCUACAAAGUACUGCAAAAAGGGAAGAGGAAGAACACGCUUAGGUACAUAUUUAACAGGAUCAGGCUGAAGAGGUACGGGAGCAUUACAAUAUCCAGGCCGGAUUCCACGUAUAGGGUGUCGUAUUUGGGAAAUGUGGUUACGGGAUGGGCCAAAGGUGACGGGUGCGUAGAAAAACCACUAACCACUCUAUGGCGCAACUACACUCAAUCCUCCAGGCCCGACGUCUCGAUGCAGCUCACCAUAUCCGGCGGAAGCCUCAAGGUGGUGACCAAAACUCACGGACUCACCGAGUACUGGGCGCACAGGCUCACAACGUGCGCGGCUCCCCCCGAGUUCCCGAGGAUUUUCUGCUGGAUCUACCGGCACGAAGGUCGUCGUUUGAGACACGAACUGAGGUGCCACGCUGUGUUAUGUUCCUCCUCCGAGCUGGCGGCCAAGAUUGACAAGGAGUUGAAGGAGUCGCUGGCCUUGGCCUUGGCCGAGUUCAAGAAGGAGAAGUUGUGCAAACAGAACGCGAGACUGAGUCUGGUGAAUUCGGUGUACGAAAACCCGAGCAUGCCCAGGAGGAAGAUACUGUUGAACACCGGAUCUCAGAAUUACAGACCACCACUGGAAAGAUCCAAAUCAGCCCCAAAACUCUCAAGCAUCGAGGAGAUCCUGGAAGAAGAAGAUAUCUUCAAAAGCUCACGACAAAUCUACAAAGAGAUCCUGAAAUACUAUGACUGUGCUAACAUUUUCGAUUAUCACAAUAAACACAUCACUAAAAACAACACUAAUCGAUCCCCUUUAAAAGAAAAGAACUCCCAAAGACACAGCGUUAGUUUCAGCGAUCAGGAAAUCAAGGAGAUCUUACUGGAAACCAAAGAAGACGACUUGGAGACCUUAACAGACAACUCACUGGCAACAGAUGAGUCCAACACUGACAACACCAGCUACGAAGAUGAAAGGUUCGACGAAUCACUUGAAGAUGCAUCCACCAACGACUCAGAUUCCAUCAGAGACCCAAAUGAAGCUGAUAAAAGAACAGAGUUGGAUUUUAAAAUAGGAGGGACUGUAUUGCCAACUGUUAAAAGCUUGGAAAAACUGCAAACUAUCGAUUUGAAAGUGGUGGGACCUUAUGUAAACAAGUGCUUGUUAGGACAAGAAGAGGUAUCUUUGAUACCGGUUGGUGAGACUGAAACGGACUUUAGUUCAUUGAAAGUAUACAAGAAAAGGAGCAUGUCAGAGUGCGGCAAAGACUUGCUGAUGUACAGCAUUUUUCAUUCCAGUGAUGUGGCUCAAAACGAAAAAGACGACGAGGCUAGGAGUACGAGUAGUGAGUCCAGUUUGUACGAGGAUGAUCUUUCUAGUAAAAUAGACCAUAUAGUGAUGGUACACAGCGUUACUUUCAGCGACCAGGAAAUCUUACUGGAAACCAAAGAAGCCGACUUGGAGACCUUAACAGACAACUCACUGGCAACAGAUGAGUCCAACACUGACAACACCAGCUACGAAGAUGAAAGGUUCGACGAAUCACUUGAAGAUGCAUCCACCAACGACUCAGAUUCCAUCAGAGACCCAAAUGAAGCUGAUAAAAGAACAGAGUUGGAUUUUAAAAUAGGAGGGACUGUAUUGCCAACUGUUAAAAGCUUGGAAAAACUGCAAACUAUCGAUUUGAAAGUGGUGGGACCUUAUGUAAACAAGUGCUUGUUUAUGUCAGAGUGCGGCAAAGACUUGCUGAUGUACAGCAUUUUUCAUUCCAGUGAUGUGGCUCAAAACGAAAAAGACGACGAGGCUAGGAGUACGAGUAGUGAGUCUAGUUUGUACGAGGAUGAUCUUUCUAGUAGAAUAGACAAUAUAGUGAUGAAAAAAAACUCCCAAAGACACAGCGUUACUUUCAGCGACCAGGAAAUCUUACUGGAAACCAAAGAAGACAACUUGGAGACUCUAACAGAUAACUCCCUGGCAACUGAUGAGUUCAACACUGACAACACCAGCUACGAAGAUGAAAGAUUCGACGAAUCACUUGAAGAUGCAACCACCAAUGACUCAGACUCCAUCAGAGACUCAAAUGAAGCUGAUAAAAGAACAGAGUUGGAUUUUAAAAUAGGAGGGACUGUAUUGCCAACUGUUAAAAGCUUGGAAAAAGUGCAAACUAUCGAUUUGAAAGUGGUGGGACCUUAUGUAAACAAGUGCUUGUUAGGACAAGAAGAGGUAUCUUUGAUACCGGUUGGUGAGACUGAAACGGACUUUAGUUCAUUGAAAGUAUACAAGAAAAGGAGCAUGUCAGAGUGCGGCAAAGACUUGCUGAUGUACAGCAUUUUUCAUUCCAGUGAUGUGGCUCAAAACGAAAAGACGACGAGGCUAGGAGUACGAGUAGUGAGUCCAGUUUGUACGAGGAUGAUCUUUCUAGUAAAAUACGACCAGGAAAUCUUACUGGAAACCAAAGAAGACAACUUGGAGACUCUAACAGAUAACUCCCUGGCAACUGAUGAGUUCAACACUGACAACACCAGCUACGAAGAUGAAAGAUUCGACGAAUCACUUGAAGAUGCAUCCACCAACGACUCAGAUUCCAUCAGAGACCCAAAUGAAGCUGAUAAAAGAACAGAAAAGCUUGGAAAAACUGCAAACUAUCGAUUUGAAAGUGGUGGGUCCUUAUACAAACAAGUGCUUGUUAGGAUAAGAAGAGGUAUCUUGAUACCGGUUGGUGAGACUGAAACAAAUUUUAGUUCGUUGAAAGUGUACAAGAUAAGGAGCAUAUCAGAGUGCGGCAAAGACUUGCUGAUGGACACCAUUUUUCAUUCCAGUGAUGUGGCUCAAAACGACAAGGACGACGAGGCUAGGAGUACGAGUAGUGAGUCUAGUUUGUACGAGGAUGAUCUUUCUAGUAGAAUAGACAAUAUAGUGAUGGUGUAAUUUUUAAUAAAUUAUCUAG